AUGGCUCUCCUCUCCCCAUUUUACCUCGGUGUGGCAGCCGUGCUGCUGAUGGUCGUGCAUCUCGUGCGCUGCCUCAGCUCACCGCUACGCAAGGUGCCGGGACCGACUGUCUCUCUUUUCACGACCUUGGUCCUCAAAUGGAAGGAACUCAACGCAGGCAGGACUAUGUAUGUCCAUGAACUGCAUCAAAAGUACGGCCCUGUCGUCCGCGUGUCGCCCAAUGAGGUGUCCUUCACGUCCUGGCCUGCCCUCAAGGAGAUCUACUGCUCAGGCGGGAGCGGCUACGACAAGUCUGAUUUCUACAACCUGUUCCGCAUAUACGGGAGGAGGACCAUGUUCACGACGCUGAACAAGGCAGAUCACGCCAAGCGCAAGAGGAUCCUUGCCGACCGAUAUGCCAACACCAAUGUCAUGCGGAGCUUGCCCAUGCAGGGUAUCCAGGAGCGCUCCCGCGCGUUUGUGCGCCGUUGCGCGUCGACGUCGGGCAAGAAGACGUCGGAGAUCUUUAUGGGUUCGUUUGCCCUGCACGCAUAUGCAUGCGAUUGCAUCACGCACCAUCUGUUCCAUCCGAAUGGCUCGGACUGCCUUGGAAAGAAGGAGGAUGAAGCCAUGAUGCACCAGGUCGCCGCUGACGACAGCCUGCAGAAUCGCCUCAUUUCGCACUACAACCCGACCUUGCACCGGCUUUUCGCAGGGGUUCUCUCUCUAUUUGUCAAGCCCAGAGAGGUGCCCUUGGCCGAUAACUACGUGCUAGAGACGAGCAAGCGCACCGAUGCCGCCAGCUUCACUCUCAUGAGCCGGCUGGAGGAGAAGUCGGGCGAGCUUGAUGCCAUUGAUAUGGCAGCGGAAUGUCUGGACCACAUGGUUGCCGGUAUUGACACGACGGGCGACAGCCUGUGCUUCCUCCUGUGGGAACUGUCGCAGCCGCGUUCCCUUUCCUAUCAGCGGCGCCUGACCGAGGAGCUACGAAGCAAGCCCGAAGCAAGUAUCGAUCAGCUGCCGUUCCUCGACGCGGUCCUAAACGAGGCACUGCGAUGCUUUCCCGCGAUUCCCAUGUCGCUGCCGCGCCUGGUGCCGCAGGGCGGGCGAAUGGUGGAUGGCGUGUGGUUGCCCGAAGGCACCAUAGUGAGCUGCCAGGCCUAUUCGGUGCACCGCAUCAACGAGGAUGUGUUUCCGGAGCCAGACAAGUUCGACCCGGACCGGUGGCUGGCGCCCGAAGGCGACACCGACCGGCGCCGGCUGCUCUUUGCGUUUUCCAACGGCGGACGGGGCUGUGUCGGAAAGCACCUUGCCCUGGCCGAGAUGAAGACACUGCUUCGAGACGUGUACUCGCAGUUCAGUACGACGCCAGACGCCUCCAUGACGCAGGAAGCCAUGGCCAUGUCGGACCAGCUCAUCUCAACGCGACCCAUGGCGCAACGGUGCCUGCUCCAAUUCCACCCGCUUGUGGAUGCCCCGAUGGAGAAAUUGUGA